AUGCCCCCCCUGAGCUUGUUGCUAACAUCUAACACCCCUCUACUCAUAAUCCUCGGCCUUGACAUCCAAGAGAGACGUAUGAGAAAGGUCAACACAUAUCUUGCGCACGGACACAUGAUCUACAUGAUUCCGCAUCAUAGAAGGCUUAAAAGCCUUAAUUUUUCGCCCUUGUCUCUCCCUCAGUUCGCUUGUUCAGAACUGAGCGCUUACAACGUGCUAGACACUGGUGAUGUCAACCCACCCUCAUCCGGGGAGUAUCGUCCCAAAUGGAACAUCCUUAGGCUCUGUUCGGUAGAAAGAAAGAAACUGCUUGUGUCGGGGCAUCCCUAUCAACAAAAACUUAUCGCUCUAUCGGCACCAUUCUCAUUGCUCCACGGAAAUCCUGACUGCUCUGAAAGUCUUUUGAUGGCCCAGUAUAUCUGUUUUAACUAUGGCGGAGAUAUAUCCUGCAUUCCUCAGUUAAGUGCCACCUGCACGCUUAACUUCAAGAAGGGAGUGGACGAGCUCCGCUUCCUCAUGCGAUUUCCAAACAGCACGCUUGGAAGGUGGGUUUGUGGAUUCCCCCUUGGCCCGGGGUGUACGACGUCGUUUGUUAUCGAGGGAUGGGUAUUGCCAAGAUCAGCAUCCAUACUUGCAACAAUAAUUCACGCUUAA